UCGACCAAGCUGAGGUUCAGGAUUGGACUUCUGCGAGGAAGAGUCUUGUAGAGACGAGAACUGGGCUGAGAGCGAUGUGGGUCAGGACGACACUGAGGAUUGAAAGGUGGACUAAGGAAAAGACUGAGGACAAUGCCAGCAUCUGGGAUGAGAGCAAAGCGAGAGACGUAAACAGGUUACCCGGCUGGGAGAGAGGACAUCGGCUGGCUGGUGUGCCAUCUAGCACCAAUGCAUCUACCUUCUCCUCUGAAGGUGAAUUCAAGGACCCGGACAGGUGCUGCUGGAAACACAAGCAGUGCACUGGGCACAUCAUCCACCCCUUCACCUCAGACUAUGGCCACCACAACCUGCACCUGCACUCCGCCAGCCACUGUGACUGUGAUUCUAGGCUGAAGGACUGCUCAGAGAAGACCAUUAGCGACAACUCCCGAGAUGUGGGCCCAACCUGCUCCCGAGAGGAGGGCUCAACAUGUUUCAACAUCAUCCAGUCCCCUUGCUUUGAGCUCAUCCCAGAGGAAGAGUGUGUGGAGCGGUUCUGGUAUGGCUGGUGCAAAAGCUAUAGGCCUGUCUCUGUGGCAGUGAUCCACCAUCCAGUCCACCACGACUAUGUGGCAGACGACCUGAAUGAAGAGGAGGAGGAGGAGGAGGAAAGCAAGCCUCCCAUCCCGACCCAAGUAGGGCCCGCCACCCCUGCACCCGCUGACACAGGCCUGGGCGCAGUCACAGGUACCCCGGACUCAGCAGCUCCCAUCACGAUCUGGCGCUCCGAGAGCCCCACGGGAAAGUCCCAGGGCAACAAGGUGAUCAAGAAGGUGAAGAAGCAAAAAGAAAAAGAGAAAGACAAGGAAGAGGAGACGGAUGAGAAGGUAAAGCCGAAGAAAAAAGUCAAGAAGGGCAAGUUGAUUAAGAAGAAAAGCCCGGUGAAAUUGGUAUCUUCACCUCCAGACUUGAGCCGAUCAGUAAGCCCAAGAGAGUUGACCAGGAUGUCCGAGUCCAGCCCAGACAGCCGGGAAGACCUGGAGAGUGAGGACAGUUACAAUGACCCCAGGCGGGAGGAGCCCUCCAGCGAGGAUAUUGUGGAGUCUUCGUCACCCAGGAAGAGAGAGAAGAACACGGUCCAGACUAAGAAACCUGGGGCCAAGACCUCACCAGUCAAGAAGGUCAAGAGGAAAUCUCCCCCAGGAUCAAACCCCAAUCUCAGUUGAGGCCAGGGCGUCCACGGUGAAGAAUA